AUGCUAGAGUAUGCCAAAGUGUUACGUGGAAACGACCAAAAUAUUCUUAUUACUGCAUGCACAUAUGAUUACCAAUUUCACAAGCUCUUAGUUUUUUCCUCUAGCUCGAUUGUUGCUGCUGCCAGCUUGGGAUAUGUUUUUGGUCGUCCUGCAAAACCAAAAACUUCACGAAAGUUCUUAUCUCGACAAAAUUCUUUAAAUAAGUCUAAAAAUCCGAUUGAACGAUUUAAAUUAUUUUAUUCAAAAAAUAUAAAAAAUAAAAAUAAUAACUUUUUAAAAACUAUUAAAUCACCAACCACUGUUCAUCCUAUUAUGGUUCAUCUUAAUUAUAUAGUAGAUGAUGAUACUUCAUCUAUUUAUUCAGAUUCUACAAGUAUUUGUACAUUUGGUACAAUUGGUCGUAAAACAAUUCCUGAAUUAGAUUCUCUUAGAAAUUUACCUAAAAUUUGGGAUAAAUCUAUUAUAAACGAUACAUUUAAUUCUAUACCUGUUGAUACCUUACAAGAAGAAGAUGAUGAAGAUUGGGAUACUAAUAUCGUUGGUAAUUGUGACUCUUCAAGAUCAAAAUCUUCUUUACAAAAAUUACGAAAUGAUCUUUGUGAAUCUUUACCUUCAUCUUCUGUUCUAAUCAAAGGAAAUCGUCAAAGAC